AUGAAAUUCUCUCGUGGCAUUGCCCAUCCUCUGGGGCCAUCCGUCGUCCAUCGAGCUUCACAACUCCCGCUGCUGGACGUCAAUUUUGCAGUAUUCGCGCGCGUCCCAACUCUCACACUUCUGCUUUUUCCUCCCCUGACAUCCUCCUGUCCUGUGCGCGAUCCCUACGCCUCUGUUCCGUUCAAGAACCGGACAGGAGAUGUGUGGCACGUGCUUGUGCACGACUUGAAUCCUGACGUCACGUACGCUCUCACCACACCUGGUGCUGCAAAUCGGAUCCUGUCAGACCCCUACGCUCGUUGGCUUGAAUCGCCAGGAUGUGAGAAGUGGAUGACUGUCGAGGGAGAAAACUUCAAGGGAGAGGGAGGCUGCCAAGAAUCUGCUCAGAAUGCAAUGGCGUUCUUGAAGUCUUUCCCACGCCUCAACGGGCUUCAAAUCAAAUAUCCUUUCACUCUCUGUCGCUUCACCGCACCGGAAAAUUCUCGGCGUUUCGACUGGGGGAAUGACAGUGCCCCGAGCAUCGGCUACGAAAAUCUUAUCAUCUACGAAGCGCAUGUCCGCGCUCUUUCCCAUGAUGGAACUUUCGCAAGCGCCAAAACUGCCAUACCAUACCUCAAAUGGUUAGGAAUCACAGCUCUCCAGCUGAUGCCCGUUUUUGAAUUCAAUGAAGUAGAGAUGGGAGCGAUGAACAGUGAUUAUAAACUGAUAUCGGAUCAAGAAGUUUCCCGAAAAGCUCCAGUUGAACGGCCUGGAAACUGGUGGGGGUAUAAUCCCAUGUCCUGGUUUUCACCAAUGAAUCGAUAUGCCAGCCGUGCGGGCGGUGGAGCGGCCGAGCUGAAAGAAUUGGUCCAAGCGUUACAUGAAAACGGAAUCGAAUGUUUCCUAGAUGUUGUCUACAAUCAUUCCGCCAAUGCAAGUUGUUCCUUACACUUCUUGAAUGUCCAGCAGUUUUACUACAUUGGAAAAUCGAAAAACGAUUCGUUCCAGCAUAGCAAUAUAUCGGGCUGUGGGAACACACUCUCUCCAAACAGCCCAAUGAUGCUUCAAUUAGUUUUAGAUAGCCUCCGGUGGUUUGUAACGGAGUACAGAAUUGACGGGUUUCGAAUCGAUGCGGCCGGUGUGCUCUGUCGAGAUCCAAGUGGGGCCCCCAUCACUGGCCCCGAAGUAAUUGACCACAUUUGUUCCGAUCCCGUGUUGAAGAAUGUUAAACUGAUCGUCGAGGGGUGGGACGCAGGUGAUCAGAUUGGGUCUGGGAACAUGCUGCUAGGAUCGAAAACUGGUUUCCCAAGAGGCGACCGGUUCUGUGAAUGGAACGUGGAGUGGCGAGACGCGGUGCGACGAUUUUUCCGCGGGGACAAGGGAUCCUCAAAGCCUUUUUGCAAGGCCCUACGUGGAUCUCCUAGCCUGUUUAAGGUCCCCAAUCAAGUCUCUAAACCUAGACCCUUGGGGGCGCAUCACGGAGUGAACUUUGUUGCUUGUCAUGACGGCUUUAGUAUGGCAGAUGUGGUGAGCUACCGCAAACGGAAGAAUACGGACGGCUACGCUGAAGUCUCGUUUAACUGUGGGGCAGAAGGAGAAACACCAGAUCCACAAAUUCGUGCAAAAAGGGCUCAGCAACUGAGAAACUUUGUGUUUGCCCUCGCUGUGUCUCGAGGGGUUCCAAUGAUAACACAAGGGGAUGAAUUUGGCUUUUCGAAACAAGGGAUCAGCAAUUCUUGGAAUAAUCCUCAGCUAUUUGCCGCAACACUUCCUGACUCUCCGCAGCAAUGCGAUUCAUUCGAGAGCCUUAUACUAUUUACAAGAGAAAUGUUGAAGUUGCGAUCAUCACGUGACGUGUUGACAAGAUCAGAUUUCUUUUCUCAUCUACUCUGGCUGGACGAAAGUGGGCGGCCUCGUUCCUCUCGCAAACACAGUUCUUCAUCAGCAAACGUUGGGUACAUUGCUUUCUCUGUCACUGGAACAGAGGAGGAGCCGGAAUUAUUUUUCGCAUUUAACAAUGGCAAACAUGGUAUUUCUGCGUCCCUUCCAUAUUCAACAAAUAGCAACAUUCGCUGGCGAAAGUUGUUUGAUACUGGAUCCCCCGCCGCAUUAGUUUCAGAAAGCGCGCCUCGUCCAGCUGGUAUGAGAGAUAUUAUUGUUUCUCGUCAGACGUGCGUUCUUUACGAGGGAUCGACCCCUGACAAAUAGUCAAAAACACAAAAGAGCUACCCAUACUUUCUGACAA